AUGGGCCACAGUGAUGUAACUAUUAAUCAACGUGUUUACAAUGAAGGCAUGCCGGAAGCAUACGAUUUAGUGAUAUCGGGUAUUGCUGGACGAUUUCCAGAAUGUGUUUCUACUGAAGAAUUUAAACAAAAAUUGUACAAUAACGCUGAUUUAUUAACUGACGAUAACAGAAGAUGGUCUCCAGGAAUGUAUGGUGUUCCGUCAAGGUCAGGAAAAUUAAAGGAAAUAAACAAGUUUGACGCAGAAUUUUUUGGGAUUCAUUCAAAACUAGCAAAUGCCAUGGAUGUACAACUUAGGAUUUUACUUGAAGUUACCCACGAAGCUAUAGUUGAUGCAGGUGUAAACCCACAUGAUAUACGUGGAACAAGAACGGGAGUGUACGUUGGUAUGAUGACCAAUGAAUCAGCAGAUUAUUUUGAACGUACACCUGAAAAAUUGACUGGAUAUGAAACUAUUGGUGUAAUAAGAUCUAUGUUAGCUAACAGACUUUCAUUUCAAUUCAAUUUUAACGGUCCAAGUGUCGCCGUUGAUACAGCAUGUUCAAGUGCGCUAUUUUGUUUACAUGAUGCCAUAACUGCAAUAAAAACGGGCCAAUGCGAUGCUGCAAUUGUUGCGGGAACUAACUUGCUGUUAAAACCAGCGACUUCAGUCAUGUACCAUCGAUAUAACAUGCUUAGUCCUACCGGGACAAGCAGACCUUUUGACAUUGGCGCUAAUGGUUACGUCAGAAGUGAAGCUAUUGCUGCACUUUACAUAAGAAAAUCAUCAGACGCAAAACGUAUAUACGCGACUAUUGUAGGAACGUCCACUAAUACAGAUGGGUUCAAAAUCGAAGGAGCCACAUAUCCAUCGCAAGCUGUGCAAAGUAGGCUAAUUAAAGAUACUUAUGCCCGUGUUAAUUUAAGUCCUAAUGAUGUCCAUUAUGUCGAAACCCAUGGAACAGGAACAGGUGUUGGAGAUAAACAAGAAUUGAAUGCCAUWUCGGAUGUGUUUUGUGUUGGCCGUAAAACUCCUUUGCUAAUUGGUUCGGUGAAGUCAAAUGCAGGCCACGCUGAACCAGUAUCAGGUUUAGUAUCAAUAGCCAAGGUGMUUUAUGCAUUGGAAACAGGAAUUAUUCCGGCUAAUAUUAAUUUUGAAACACUAAACCAUAAUAUACCAAAACUUGUUAGUGGAGAACUGAAGGUUGUUGAUAAGCAAACACCAUUACCAGGUAAUAAGGUUUCUAUUAAUUCAUUCGGSGUUGGAGGUACAAAUGUCCAUGUGAUUCUAAGAGCUAAUGAUAAAAAAACCCAAUCAAUAUCAUUGCCAGCACUCGAAAUUCCAAGACUAAUAGAAAAUUAUGCGGAUAACAAUGAUCUUUUAACUUUAAUUGAUGAUAUUUAUAAAUCACCAAUACCAGGUUAUAAGUUUUCUGGAUAUUCAAUUCUUGGGGAAAAUCCUCGAAAUGUUGAAAUAGCUCAAGGAAAUAUUUCCGGCGAUAAAAGGCCUAUCUACUUCAUUUUUCCUGGAAUGGGAAGUCAAUCGAUGGAUUUAGUCGCAGAUUUAGUGAAGUUUAAAGUUUUCAAACAAACUGUAGAUAAUGCACAUUCAAUUCUAAUUCCAUAUAACUUUAGUGUUUAUGAUUUAUUUUACAAAUCCAAUGAAAAUACGUUUAGGAGUAUAAAGAAUGUUAUGUUCACAGUUAUUAUUGUCCAGAUAGGUCUUGUUGAUAUCUUACGCUCGCUUGGUAUCAACCCCGAUGGUAUCAUUGGUCAUUCAGUCGGUGAACUUGCAUGCGCAUAUGCAGAUGGUUGCUUCACUUUGGAAGAAGCAUUAAUGACGAUGUACUGGAGGUCUACGAUUUUGAAACAAAUUGACGUUCCUGCUGGAGCUAUGGUUGCAGUAGGGCUGUCGUGGGAAGAGAUUCAAAAAAGACUUCCUGAAGGUAUAAUAGCUGCUUGCCACAAUAGUGCWGACAGUGUAACAAUUUCGGGAAUAAAAGACAUAACAUUAAAAUUCGCUGAAUCUCUAAGACAAGAAGGUAUAUUUGCUAAGCCCGUAGAUUCAAUGGGAUAUGCUUUCCAUUCGCCAUAUCUACCAGGAUUUAUAUCGUCGUUGAAACCAUACUAUGAAAAGGUGAUGGUUAAUCCUAAACCAAGAUCCAGUCGUUGGAAGAGUACAACAUAUCCAGAACACGAAUGGAAUACACCCGAAGCCCAGUACUCAUCAGCAGAAUACCAUUUACAUAAUAUUAGUUCUCCAGUUCACUUUCAUAGUGCAAUGAAACAUGUACCUGAAAAUGCUAUAACUAUUGAAAUUGCUCCCCAUUGUUUGUUACAAGCUAUUUUGAAGAGAUCACUACCCUCUACAGUGACAAAUGUUGGUUUGACCAAAAAAACUGUUUCUAAUCAUGCGAAUUUCUUGUUAGAAGCUAUUGGAAAGUUAUAUAUUGCCGGAGCAGAGCCGCAAUUGAAAAAUUUGUAUGGCAAUGUUGAGUAUCCAGUAGUGAGAGGUACUCCAAUGAUAUCUCCAAUGUUAAAGUGGGAUCAUUCAAACGACUAUCUAGUGCCCAAUUUUGUAGAAAAAAGUUCUGUGUCAGAUGAUAAUCAAAUCGAAAUUGAUAUAAAAAURGAUCAAGAUAAAUAUUUAAUUGGCCAUACUGUUGAUGGGCGUAUACUCUAUCCAGCAGCUGGAUACAUAACAUUAGUAUGGAAGACUUUUGCUAAAUUACAAGGAAAAUGGUUUGAAGAUGUUCCAGUCAUUUUUCAAAAUAUAAAAUCUUGUAUAUUUCAGACAUUAGUAUGGAAGACUUUUGCUAAAUUACAAGGAAAAUGGUUUGAAGAUGUUCCAAUAAAACAAGCGUUUAUAAACGUGAUUGAAAAAUAA